UCCUCUCACAAUGUGUAGCCAGCACAACAUCCAUGGCUGUGGCUGUGGCUGUGGCUGUGGCUGUGGCUGUGGCUGUGGCUGUGGCUGUGGCUGUGGCUGUGGCUGUGGCUGUGGCUGUGGCUGUGGCUGUGGCUGGCUGUAGCUGUGGCUGUGGCUGUGGCUGGCUGUGACUGUGGCUGGCUGUGGCUGUGGCUGUGGGUGGCUGUGGCUGACUGUGGCUGUGGCUGACUGUGGCUGUGACUGUGGCUGUGGCUGGCUGUGGCUGUGGCUGACUGUGGUUGUGGCUGUGGCUGGCUGUGGCUGUGGCUGUGGCUGACUGUGGCUGUGGCUGUGGCUGUGGCUGUGGCUGUGGCUGACUGUGGUUGUGGCUGUGGCUGGCUGUGGCUGUGGCUGUGGCUGUGGCUGUGACUGGCUGUGGCUGACUAUGGCUGUGGCUGUGGCUGGCUGUGGCUGUGACUGUGGCUGGCUGUGGCUGUGGCUGUGGCUGGCUGUGGCUGUGGCUGACUGUGGCUGUGACUGUGGCUGUGGCUGGCUGUGGCUGUGGCUGGCUGUGGCUGUAUGGCUGACAUCACAAGCACAGACUAUCCCCACAUCACUCCGGGAAUCCCAGAGUCUAACAACACAGCAUUGCUUUGUGCCUCUUAAAGUUCACUUAUGGCCAGAAGGCUCCUGUGAAGAUAUGGAAUUGGUAGGAGUGAAGGACUCUGUUUGAAAAGUGAAGAUGGCUCACUUUUCCCAGCUCUAAAAUGCCAGUUUGGUCUCUCAGUAAUUCCCUCACCCCUAGCUGUCUGUCUGUGGCCAUCCUGAAGAGCUUUUGCCAAUGAAAGUCAUCUAGAAUUUUCAGUUGAGGCAUGGGGAGAUGGCUUCCGAGCAGAGAAUGUGGUUUAAGCCCAAAAGCACUCAACCAGCUAGUACUGUGCCCCUCUUCCCCAAAGCCACAAGCUUUGGACUGUGGAUCCAGAUGCUAACGCUAUCCACAAGAUCAGCAAGGGGGCCGGACUUAGCUAUCUCUGAGUCAGAUCUCAACUUUACAAUCCAUCCGAGGUGAAACAGGUCAUCACAGUUACAUCACCUCAGGUACUGGAAUUUCUGGUCUGAGCUUGGCCUGUUAGUCUUGGAGUUAAUUCACCUUUGUGGAUGUCGUGUCAGCAUCCAGCUGUAUGUUUGGGGGAAGACAGUAGAGACUACCUGAUGAAGAUGGGGUCUCAUCUUGUACCUCAAACUGCUUUCAUACUGCUGAGUUCAAGUGAGCCUCCUGCCUCAGAAUGCCAAGUCCUGGGCUUCUAUGAACCACUACCCUUGGCUAUGAAAGUGUUGUGGUUAAAGAGUCUCCCAACAGUUCACUCUCCUGGAAACUUCUUUUGCUAGCUACCUAGAUGACUGUGGUCCAUGGGAAAGGAGAUGACAAGCAGUUGCAGUUGGAGCUCAGAAUGGUCAUGAGCACUUUAAAGCCUUUAUCUGUGGCAGUUUUAAGGACAGAGAAGCCUGCCUCUCUUCUGUCCUUAGUUACACUACCUGGCCAUGCCCCUGCUUCUAUGCCUGAAUCAUCAGGCACUUCUACCAACCCAGGAAGGGAGUCAUGAGAUGAAUCUUUUUAGGCUAUGAGUGACUUGGAGCAUAGUACAGACAUACCAUGUAGCAGGUCCUUUGUGUUAAGGGAAUAGCUAAGGGAGGCCAAAAGAGACACAAGAUGUCACCAAGUCCCCAUAAAACCCUGAGCCAGAGAUUUCCAUGUUUCUGCUUAAGAGCUGUAGAGAAAUUGGGACUUGAAGGAGAAAUAGUGUGGGGCUUUCUGGCAGCUAGAUGAGGUUAGCCCUAAUUAUAGUACCUCCUGACUUCUGCUAAAGGCAGACUAGUUGGAAACAGGAAUAUCUAGGCUCUUGCCCUACCCAGGGCAAGGGAUGGGAGUGGUGUGAGGGAGUGGUGUCUGUUUUUCACAACUAGCUCACAGUUAAGCCAGGCCUGAGUUGGAGACCAGAGUGUUAAGCAGGACCCCAAGAAUCUCUUAGAAAGGGACUGCCUUGCCUGUUGGCUAGGGAAAGCAGGCUCCACUCAUUUCCUGGAGCAGUUCAAACCCCUCCUGGAGGACUUCAAACCCCUCCUCCAGCCCCAGUAGCCACUCAGCACCAGCCCCUCAGCACAGCAGUGGCUCCACCCUUCCCACUCAAGCGCUACUUGUCAGACCUGAGCGACAGUGAGACCUGAGCGACAGUGAGGAUAGCCGGAGAAAAGUGGCUCGGGGAAGCAGGUCCUCUACUGGGACCUGAGCUGCUGCUGGCCAUGCCCUGGACUCUCCAGCCGAAGUGGCUGGCAAGCAAGGGGCUGCCCCUUCUUGGAGCUAUACUGCUACGGGAGACAGAAAAGAGGGAAACGCAGUGGAAGCAUUGGCGGGAAACCCACCCAUACUACGACCUUCAAGUGAAGGUGCUGAGGGCUAGAAACAUCCAGCACACGGAUAAAUUGUCCAAAGCUGACUGCUAUGUUCAACUAUGGCUGCCCACGGCUUCUUUUAGCCCCACUCAGACAAGGACAGUGGUUAACUGCAGUGACCCAGAGUGGAAUGAGACCUUUCACUACCGGAUCCACAGUGCUGUGAAGAAUGUCCUGGAGCUAGCUCUUUAUGACAAGGAUGUCCUGGACAGUGACAAGAUCUUCUCAGUUCUGUUUGACCUGAGUACUCUCCAGCUAGGCCAGCCUUACACAAAAACCUUCACUCAGAAGCAGCCUGGACUAACAGAUCCAAAAGAGCUGCAAGUAGAAUUUACUCUGGAAAAGAGUCAGAUGCCUGCAUGUGAAGUCAUCACCAAUGGUGUCCUGGUGGCUCAUCCCUGUCUGAGAAUUCAGGGCACAGUCACUGGAGACAAGACGGCCUCACUUGGAGAGUUUGGCUCGAGGGAGAUCCAGCUGGCAGUGCCUGGGGCCUAUGAAAAGCCACAGUCAGUGCCUCUGCAGCCGACCACCGUGGAGCCAGGUCUCCCAGCGACCUUUAUCUUUCACAUGAACCCGGUGCUGAGCCCCAGGCUGAACAUAGCACUGCAGGAAAAGCUCCUGGUCUCACAUAGUGGCCCAAGUGAUGAGCUGGAGUCCCAGACUAGCAAGAUGGAGGAAGCAAGCAUCUUGCUCUCCUCUCUGCCCCUCAACCAGGAGUCAACAAGACUUAUGAACCUGGAGGAGGGCCAGCAGGUGACGCUGAGGAUGAAGGCAGACAUGAGCAGGUCUGAGGACUUAGACCUGCGCCUUGGUUUUGAGCUGUGUAGUGGGGAGCUGGAAUUUCUGGACAAGAGGAAGCAGGUGGUGUCCAAGGCCCUGCAGCAGGUGAUGCGACUGAGUGAGGCUCCACACUGUGACCAGGUACCUGUGAUAGCCGUGCUAGGCUCUGGGGGUGGAACCAGAGCCAUGACUUCCCUGUACGGCAGCCUGGCCGGGCUGCAGGAGCUUGGUCUUCUGGAUGCUGUGACCUACCUGAGUGGGGUUUCUGGAUCUUCCUGGUGCAUCUCUACACUCUACAAGGAUCCAUCCUGGUCGCAGAAGACUUUGCAGGGCCCCAUUCGACAUGCCUCGGCUCGAGUCUGCAGCAGUAAAGUAGGGAUGCUGUCCCCAGAGCGGUUCGAAUACUACACCCGGGAAAAGAAGACCUGGGAGAGCAGAGGCCACAGCAUGUCCUUCACUGACUUGUGGGGCCUCAUCAUUGAGUAUUUCCUCAACCAGGAGGAAAACCCUGCUAAGCUGUCAGACCAACAAGAAAUGGUCAGCCAGGGUCAGAACCCUUACCCCAUCUAUGCCAGCAUCAAUGUCCACAACAACAUCAGUGGGGAAGACUUUGCAGAGUGGUGCGAGUUCACCCCUUAUGAGGUCGGUUUCCCCAAGUACGGGGCUUAUGUCCCCACGGAACUCUUUGGCUCUGAGUUCUUCAUGGGUCGGCUACUGCAGCACUGGCCAGAGCCCCGCAUCUGUUACCUGCAGGGUAUGUGGGGAAGUGCUUUUGCAGCCAGCCUGUAUGAGAUCUUCCUGAAGAUGAGAGGCCCAAGACUGGGCUUCCUGGACUGGCACAGAGGCACUGUCAGUGUCACAGAUGACUGGCCAAAGUUACGGAAGCAGGACCCCACUCGGCUGCCCACCAGGCUCUUUACCUCAAAGAGUUUCUUCUCUAAGGCUGUGCUGGACAUAUUCACCUCCCGCUUUACUUGUGCCCAGACCUUUAACUUUACCCGAGGUCUCUGCCUGUACAAGGACUACACAGCUAGAAAGGACUUUGUGGUCUCUGAAGAUGCAUGGCAUUCAGAUAAUUACAAACACCUCGAUGCCUGUCCCAACCAGCUCACACCCAUGAAGGACUUCCUGUCCUUAGUGGAUGGAGGCUUUGCCAUCAACUCACCAUUCCCACUGAUCCUGCAGCCGCAGCGGGCUGUGGACCUCAUUGUGUCCUUUGACUAUUCCCUGGAAGCCCCUUUUGAGGUCCUGCAGGUGACAGAGAAGUACUGCCGGGACCGAGGGAUCCCCUUCCCAAGGAUUGAGAUAGACCCCAAGGACUCUAAGGACCCCCGUGAAUGCUAUCUGUUUACUGAGGCGGAGGACCCCUGCUCGCCCAUUGUGCUGCAUUUUCCCCUUGUCAACAGGACCUUUCGCAAACACCUGGCUCCAGGAGUGGAACGACAAACAGCUGAGGAGAAGGCCUUCGGGGACUUUAUCAUCAACGGGCCAGAUACUGCCUAUGGAAUGAUGGACUUCACCUAUGAGCCCAUAGAGUUUGAUCGACUGGUGACCCUGAGUCGAUACAAUGUCUUGAACAACAUUGAGACUAUCAGGCGUGCCCUCCAGCUGGCUCUGGACCGGCGGCAGGCUGGGGGAAGGGCUGGUGCCUGACCAGAUGAAAGUCAGAGGAGUGUGAUUAGAUGAGAUGGAGGACCUUAAGCCAGACCACACUGAGGGAGAGUGAAGACUUUAAGGAGUUUCUGUUUCCCACUUCUCCUUCCCAGAGGGGAUGGGACAGUUCAUCUCUCUGAGUGCUUGGGGAUUCUGUGCAGGACAGAACAGAGUUCAUAUUUUAUUGGGGUAUAGAGAAAACCAGACAGCAGCUUCAUCAGAGAACCCACUCCUCACCACAGAAGGACCUCUGGAAACAACCCAGGUACUCAGAGCUUCACCACAGAGAGCUGUGGGCUGAGGAACCAGCUGUCCUCCUACUGAUACAGAACGGCAAUGGCUCGCACUUCCACAGAGUGCCCAGCUCUGACCUGAUCCCCUGGACUCAGUGAUGUCAGUAAACAGGAUCUAUGUGUGUUGCCAGCCUGUGUCCCCAAGCCCACACCCUACUGGUUCUUCUCUGCAUCCUAACCUCUCCACCCCUCCUCAGAGGUCACCAGGCUUCCCUACUAAGCCCAUGAAAUGUGUACCAAGAUGACCCAUCCUGAUGGGUGUGCACAUUGCUUUACCCAAACCACAUUUUCUGCUCCAAUGCACAGCUGCCACACUGCGCAAAUACUGUCUUUCCAUGCUGAGGAGACAUGUGGGUUGUUUGGCUGGGGCAGAGUGAAUGGGAAAUUGCACACAUUAUAUAUGUGGGUAUAUAUUCCCAUCUAUGGUGGGCCAGUUAGUACCUGUUCCUUCACAUUGGGAUGGGCAAAUGGGGGUGGGGUGUGGACCUAGCCUGAAUUCCUGCCUCUGAUGAGCUACAUGUGUCCCUCUCUUUCACAUUUCUCCUGAUCCACUUGGGACAUUCCAAUUGAGAGCUUCUCCAGAAUAAGUAGAUUUCAAAACUGUAGAGAGAAGAUCCCUCCUGGUCAGGUUGUCUCCCUCUGAUUUGUCUCCUUGGCCUCAUCUUCCUCAACCAGCUGUGCUCGGUCCAAGCCACCUGAUGCUGUAUAAUAGCUGAGCUUCUGUACUCAGUGGACCCCUUGCUCACAUACACAAGCACCAAGUGAGUGCUCCAAGACCACAUUUACAACUCACAAUUCCUCUUUCAGUCGGGAUGCCCCUUUCUGGGAGUGUCACCUGCCUUAACUUUAAAGAGAAGGCCCUAGUUCUAUGGCCUGUCUAUAAUAGUCAAAGUCCCAUCUGUGUCCUUUAUCCCAUGUGUGCUGUGGCUCAAGCCUCCUGACGAUGUGACAGUAAAGUAGGGCUGGAGGAACAGUGCUUCGGACUGACAUGCAGUAAACCAGCUUGGCUCUUCCCCUCUCUUACUGCUGGCUGUCUCUGGACACCACCCAGGCAGCCCUUGGCUUGAGUAAUGGUAGGUUUAUUUGGAAGGUUCUGCUGUGGCCAUUGUCACCACUGCUUGCGUGCUAUAGCUGAUGACAAUGUUUAUUGGACUCUCAUAAUCGUUAGGACUUACCACUCAUAGAAUGUAAGGCUAGAGUCUUUAUUCUGUCCUCAGGGCUUAGGGGCUUCUGUGGCUCUCUAUCCUUUUUCUCAAAAUGGGGUCUGCACACUGGAUUCACUGCCAGGUCUGCUUCAGGCCAUGUUCCUUUUCCCAGCAUCCCAACUUUGUGCUCCUGGGACUCUCAGUAAGGCUGGGGACAAUUUUUGCCUGGGUUUCAUCCGGCACCAAGUGACCUGACUGAUCUGUUUUUUCUGCCUCCCUGAGCCUUUAUUCUACUUUCUUUUCCUUGGUUCCUUAAACACUUCAGGGGGUUUCCUGGGAGCAUCUCAGGGUCUCCGGGUUCAUAAAAACUUGUUCUUUCAGGGCUGGAGAGAUGGCUCAGUGGUUAAGAACACUGACUGCUCUUCCAGAGGUCCUGAGUUCAAUUCCCAGCAACCACACUGUGGCUCACGACCAUCUGUAAUGGGAUCCGAUGCCCCCUUCUGGUGUGUCUGAAGAGAGUGACAGUGGACUCAUAUAAACUAAUGUACUCAUAUACAUAAAAUAAGUAAAUCUUUAAAAACAGACAAAACCCCACCUCAUUCUUUCCCAUCAACAUCAUCAUUUGUUUGGUUUCAAAUAUGGCAUUUUUCCCUGAGGUGUUGUUGUUGUUUGAGACAGGGGUUCUCUGUGUAGCCCUGGCUGUCCUGGAUCUCACUUUGUAGACCAGGCUGGCCUCAAACUCACAGAGAUGCGCCUGCCCCUGCCUCCUGAGUGUUGGGAUUAAAAGCGUGUGCUACCACA